UUUGGGUGGCGGAGCCCCGCGCGGCGCCCCCGGUGCUCCGGGGCUUGAGGGGCCCCGCCGUGCCCCGUUAGGGAAGGUCACCUUUCCCCGGGACAGGGCGGCCAUGGGGGGUGCGGCGCGGGGCGUCCUUCGCCGGGCUCCGCGGCGCCGCCUGGGCCGGGCGGCCUCGCCCCCGGUGUCGGUGGGGCGGGGAGGGGGGGCUGGGAGCGGGGCCGUGCGCGGCUCCCGCGCCGGAGGGUCCCGGUGGGGCGGGCGGGGCUGCGGCCGGGGCCUCCCCGCCGCGGGCGGUGGCCGCCCCGGGGGUGACCUUCACUCCGGGACCGGACUGGGCAGACUUUGACCCGCGGCCGCUCCCCGCCGUGGGCACGGAGCGGAGCAUCCCGGGCGGCGGAGGGCCGGCAGGGCGGCGGGGUGUCCCGCAGGGAGUGGAGGGAGCGGCUUUGCCGAGGAGCGGCGUGGGGGGAGCUGCCUCCGUUAGGGGGGAGGGGGGAGUUGGUUUCACCGAGAGGCGAGACGCUGGGGGAGGGGGGGGUGACCCGGUUAUACCGGAGAGGGGCACCAGCUGGGGGCACGGCGCUCUUUACUAGCGGGGCGAGCUCCCACCGGGGCCCUUCCCAGAGCCGCUGGGGUCCGUCGGUGCUGAGAAGGGCUGGGUGGGAGCCUUGUUACCGGCAGGGCCCCCCCUCGUCGGUUCCCGGUGCCGGCGGGGCCCCCGGUGCCGGCGGGGCCGGUGGCUUCAGCGGCGGGUGCUGAUUCACGGGCCGGCGGGGGUGGAGCAGGGCCGGGACCAGCUCGCUGGAAUCCGGACCAGAUGUACCCGGCACGCCAGGAAUGCUCGGCAUCCCCGCCGGGCCCCGCCGCCGCCGCUGCGCCCCGGCCACCGGCCCCGCACCGAGAGCCCCGCGGCACCCACCGGGGCCGGGCCAGCCGGGGCCCGCAGUGCCUUUGGGAGGAUGCUGUGGUGGCCCCCGGGGGGUUUCCCGGUGCCCGGUUUCCCGGCAGGUUCCCAAAACUCGAUCCCGAGCAGCCAAAGCGCUGGAGCGAAGGGAUUUUCCCGGGGCCGGGGGGGAAGCAGUGGGGUCCCACAGCAGCCCUGGGCUUGGCGUCCUCGCCCUCCAACAAAACGGCUCCGAAAGGGGCUGAGCUGCCCGAAAUUGCCUCUCCUGCCCGAAAUUCCCCCGCCGUGGCUCGGCAGCGGCCGCCUGACAAAGUGUCUCCCCCGUCAGGAAGCAGCUGGCUCCCGGCCAGGUGGGACCCUGCCAGCCGUGAUGGAUGCCCGAGGUGCUGCCGUGCCACCCUGCUCCUGGCUAACCAGCACCAGUUCUUCAGUGGCAAGCUUUAUGUCCUUCUGCAGUAGCUAAAGCUGCCAGUUGAAGAACUGUUGAAUGUAGCCACUCUCUUCUCGUCACUGGGACCUUGGAUGCCAGCCAGAGCUGUGCCCUGAGCCACCAGGAUGAGCCCCUCUGCAGAGUCCUGUGGGUUGGAGGCUGAGGAUGAGUCUGACCAGGAUGAAGAAAGUCUCCGUGGAGCCUCCAGACAGUGCCUUGGCUGGAGGAUUGUAGCCAGCUGUGCCAGAAGGGUUGCCAAACUCUGUCCACCCUCCGUGGGGUGGCACUGAGCUGGGAGGAGACUGAGAGAAGCAUUAAACGUUGUUUUGCUCAA